CCGACCCGCGGUGCGACGUCCGCGAGCAGCUCUCAGUCCAGUCCGGGUCCAGGCCUGGCAGCAGCAACAGCGGGCGACAGCAGCAGCAGCUGCAGGUGCGAGCGCCAGGUGCAGCCGAGGGUCCCGCCGAGCCCUCCCGACGUCACCUCCACCAUGGCCGUCACCAUGCGCCUGGGCCUGUGCCUCAUGCUGGCCGCCCUCGCCUCAGGGUCGCCGACGACCGCCCCAUCCGAGGCCAAGGAGUGCCCCGCCAACCUGUGGGCGGUCGAACGGGUCCCCGAAAUCUUCGACAAGGAGUACCGCCUCCCGAGGAACGUGAUGCCCGAGCACUACGACAUCCGCGUCGACAUGAACAUCGGUGACGGUGGCAAGUUCGACUUCGAGGGCCACGUCGACAUCCUGCUACAGGCGACCGAGCCGACCAACCAGAUCCGCCUGCACUCGGCGGAGCUGCAGGUGGAGCCGGUGCAGGUGGUCGAGGCCGAGGGCGGCAAGGCCCUGACCGUGCAGUCACAGACCCUCGUCACGGAGCAGGAGCAGCUGCGCGUCGAGCUGGGCGACAAGCUGGUGCCGAACAAGAAGUACAUCCUCAAGGUGCCUUUCUCAGGCAAGCUCGGCGACGACCUGCACGGUCUGUACAGGUCCUCCUACUUAGACGAGGCCACCAACGCCACCAGGUGGCUUGCGGUGACGCAGUUCGAGGCGAUCUACGCCCGCAAGAUGUUCCCCUGCUUCGACGAGCCCGACUUUAAGGCCACCUUUACGAUCCAGGCGGGUCACAACGGCUCGCUGACGGCGCUCAGCAACAUGCCGGCCGAGAAGACGGUGCCAUUCCCCGAGCGCCCAGGCUUCGUGCUCACCUCGUUCCCAAAGACGGUGCCCAUGUCCACGUACCUCGUGGCCCUGGUCGUGUCCGACUUCUACGACACCAAGGCCGAGCACACGGAGGGCAAGGCGCAGGUGGCCAUCUGGGGGCGGCGCGACGCGGCGGGCCAGAUGAAGUACGCGCGCGAGAUCGCCCCCAAGGCCAUGGCCUUCUUCGAGGACUACUUCGACAUCAAGUACCCGCUGCCCAAGCAGGACAUGGUGGCCAUCCCGGACUUCAACGCCGGCGCGAUGGAGAACUGGGGUCUCAUCACGUACAGGGAGGCCCAGCUGCUGUUCGACCCGGAGGCGUCCUCGCAGACCGCCAAGUCGGCGGUGGCCAACACCGUGGUGCACGAGCUGGCCCACCAGUGGUUCGGCAACCUGGUGACCAUGAAGUGGUGGUCCGACCUGUGGCUGAACGAGGGCUUCGCCACCUACAUGGCGACCCUGGGCACGGCCUACCUGCACCCCGAGUGGCAGCACAUGGAGGACGUGGCCGUGUCGCAGGCCCUGUCCAUGCUGCCCCUCGACGCGCUCGAGUCCACGCACCCGGUGGUGCAGCCCAUCGAGCACGCCCGCCAGAUCUCGCAGAGCUUCGACACCAUCACCUACCGCAAGGGCGCGGCGCUGCUGCGCAUGAUCCACUCGUUCCUGGGCGAGAAGGCGUUCCGCGAGGGCGUCUCGCGCUACCUCAAGACGCACGAGUACGGCAACGCGGAGCAGGACGACCUGUGGUCCCACCUCACCGAGGAGGCGCACAAGGGCGGCGUGCUGCCCGCCUGCCUCAGCGUCAAGCGCAUCAUGGACACCUGGACCGUGCAGAGCGGCUUCCCCGUCGUCACCGUGACCCGUGACUACGACAAGGGCACGGCCAAUGUCUCGCAGACGCGCUUCUUCUCGUCCGGCAACAAGAACUCGAGCCACGAGUGCUGGUACGUGCCGCUGAGCUUCGCGUCGGCCGGGGACAGCAAGCAGGCCGUCGGCUCCGAGACGCGGCCGCCGCAGGACUGGCUGCGCUGCAAGGACCCCGUCCAGACCGUCGCCGGCAUGCCCGCCAAGGACAAGUGGGUCAUCUUCAACAUCAACAUGGGCGGCGUCUACCGCGUGCAGUACGACGACCACAACUGGGCGCUGCUCACCGCCGCGCUCGCCGACCCCAAGCAGCGCUCCAGCAUCGGGGUGGUGGGCCGGGCGCAGGUCAUCGACGACGCGUUCGAGCUGGCCCAGGCCCUGCGCCUGCCCUACGGCGUGCCGCUCGCCCUCAUCAACACCCUCCAGAUGGAGGAGGAGUUCCAGCCGUGGCGCGUCGCGCUCAACGCGCUCAGCCGCAUCGACAGCCUGCUCAAGGGCGACGUGCGCUACCACGUCUUCAGGGUGAGCGAGCGCCUGCCAGUCGCGGGGUGGGCCGCCCGCCGC